AUGAUUAAUCAUAAAGAACACUUCACACAUUAUGGUACCAAUGUCAUUCAUACUGGACAAGAACCGGAACAGUGGAAUGCGAAUCAGAUUAUUCCACCAAUAUCACUGUCAACAACGUUUAAACAAUCCGAACCUGGAAAAUAUAAAAAGCAUGAUUACUCACGUGCUAGUAAUCCAUCCCGAGAUGUGUUGGAGAAAUGUUUGGCUUCUUUAGAAGGUGCAGAAUAUUGCCGAGUAUAUUCAUCCGGUCUUGCGGCAUCAAUGGCAAUCACAAAUACGCUAAAAUCAGGUGAUAGUAUUGUCUGCUGCGACGAUGUUUAUGGCGGUACUCAGCGUUUUUUUCGAAAAGUUUCUGUUCCACAGCAUGGCCUUGAAAUUUCAUUCGUUGAUAUGACCGAUCUGAAAUCAUUCAACCGAAGUUUAAAAAGCAAUACGAAGAUGAUAUGGCUUGAAACACCAACGAAUCCAUUAUUGAAAGUUAUCGAUAUCGCAGCUGUCGUAGAAAUUACGAAAACUUUUCGAAGUGAUAUUUUAGUAGUUGUGGACAAUACCUUCAUGUCACCGUAUUUUCAAAGUCCAUUAUCACUUGGAGCAGAUGCUGUGCUACAUUCAAUCACCAAAUACAUCAAUGGUCAUUCUGAUGUUGUGAUGGGUGCUAUAAUGACGAAUAUCAAAAAUUUAGAUGAAAGUUUAAAAUUUCAACAACUUGCUGUUGGUGCAAUACCAUCACCAUUUGACUGCUUUUUGGCAAAUCGUGGCGUUAAAACAUUACAUAUUAGGAUGCGAACACAUAUGGAUAAUGCUAUGCAAAUUGCAACAUUUUUAGAAAGUAAUCCUAGAGUUGAACGAGUGUUUUAUCCAGAACUUCAAUCUCAUCCACAGCAUAAAAUUCAUAAAAAACAAACUAAAGGAAUGAGUGGUAUGAUAUCAUUUUAUUUGAAAGGUGAAUUGGAUGAAUCUCGAAAAUUCCUAUCCAAUCUAAAGAUUUUCACUUUGGCUGAAUCACUCGGUUGUGUGGAAAGUUUAGCAGAGCUACCAGCUGUAAUGACUCAUGCUUCAGUACCGGUAGAAGAUCGAAUCAAAUUGGGCAUCAGUGAUAAUUUAAUUCGAAUAUCAGUGGGAAUUGAAGAUGUUAAUGAUUUAAUCGAGGAUCUUGAUCAAGCGCUUAAAAAAGCUAUAAAUCUCGAAGAUCCAGUUGAAGGACUCCAAAACGGUGUGAGAAUUGAGGAAAUUUGCCUAUUUUGA